UAUGUAUGUAUGUAUGUAGAAAGCUGCCAACUGGCCAUAGGCGGAUCUCCAAUUUAGCUUUUUCUUAUAAGUUACAAGGAAAAAGGAGUUCAAUUUCAGUUCAUUUGGGGUUAGAUCUUUGUCUAUGCUCCCGAAAAUGGUUUCCCUUUGGCCACUAACUUUGAUUUGCUUUUUAGCUUUCUCGGUCUCCAUUGCUCACUCCAAAACUCUCAAGAGAGAUGUAAAAGCCUUAAAUGAGAUAAAAGCAUCACUUGGAUGGAGAGUUGUAUAUGCAUGGAUCGGGGACGAUCCUUGUGGUGAUGGUGAUUUACCGCCUUGGUCUGGUGUAACAUGUUCAACUCAAGGAGACUAUAGAGUUGUUACUGAACUGGAAGUGUAUGCCGUAUCCAUCGUUGGUCCUUUUCCUAUUGCUGUAACUAAUUUAUUGGAUUUAACAAGAUUGGAUCUCCAUAACAACAAGCUGACUGGCCCAAUACCUCCACAAAUUGGCCGGCUAAGACGACUUAGAAUGUUAAAUUUGAGGUGGAAUAAGCUCCAAGAUGUCCUUCCUCCGGAGAUUGGGGAGCUUAAAAAACUAACCCAUCUGUCAUUGAGCUUUAAUAAUUUUAAGGGCGAGAUCCCGAAGGAGCUUGCAAAUUUACCCCAGCUCCGUUAUCUCUAUCUUCAAGAAAACCGUUUCACUGGGCGAAUUCCGCCCGAAUUGGGCACUUUACAAAACCUUCGGCACAUGGAUGUCGGUAAUAACCAUUUGGUUGGUACCAUUCGGGAGCUUAUUCGUAUUGAAGGCUGCUUCCCAGUUCUACGAAAUCUAUAUUUGAAUAACAACUAUUUGACCGGAGGAGUUCCGGCUCAGCUCUCAAAUGUGACAAAUUUGGAGAUAUUAUACCUUUCAUACAACAAGAUGUCUGGAGUGAUACCAACGGCACUCGCCGAUAUUCCGAAGCUAACAUAUUUGUACUUGGAUCAUAAUCAAUUCUCAGGCCGAAUUCCGAAUGCAUUCUAUAAGCAUCCUUUCUUGAAAGAACUGUAUAUUGAAGGGAACGGGUUCCGGCCCGGAGUAGACCCCAUUGGUGCUCACAAGGUCCUUGAACUUUCGGAUACCGAUUUCUUGGUUUAAUCUUACCCUCCAGAAAAUCAACUUGAUUACCACAAUUUUCAUUUAACACUGUAUUCUUUAGCAUUAUCUGCUGCUUUUACUUGUAUCAAUAUUAUAUGUAUACAUAUGGUGUUUUAUGUAAACAGCUGAAAGCUGGAAUUCAAGAUAUAGAAAUUAUCAAAAAAUAUCACAUUUUGUAUUAAUGAAAUUUCAAGUUUUAAAGAA